UCAGUGACACCCAAUCGGCCUCGACUCUCAAGGGGAAGGCCAGCACCUUCCCCUUCUCCGCUAGCUAUCACUCACUCCAGCGCUAGCUCCGAUGAUGGCCGCCUCCUCCUUCCUCCCGCUCCACCUCCCGGCCUCCCCCAGGCCGGCCACCGUGGCCGCGAGGGCAGCCUCGGGCGUCGCGUCGACGGUGCCCGCCGCUACGCAGACGUCGCAGCUGGAGGAGACCUUCGGCCGGAAGGGCCUCCGGUUCGGGACGGACGCCACGGGCGCGCCCACGGCGGAGCUGAGCGUGCGCAACGGCAGCUCGCUGCAGCUGCGGCUCAACGACGGGCUGGUCACGUCGUACCGGCCCAAGGUGUCCUGGGAGGGCGGGGACGGCUGCCGGGAGCUGCUGCACACCGUGGCCGGCGCCGGCGCGGUCAAGGGCGGCGUCGGGCUCGUGCUCAACGAGGCCUCCUCCUCGUCGUCCGGCGGCGCGUCACUCCUCGGCGCGUCCGAGUGGUCCGUGGCGGACGUGGACUCGGACUCAUACGACGCCGUGCAGGUGGAGCUCGGGUGCAGCGCCAAGGGGGCCAAGCUGGAGGUGUCGUACGUGGUGACGCUGUACCCGCUGAGCAUGGCGACGGCGGUGAUCGUCAAGAACAACGGGGCCAAGCCGGUGGAGCUGACGGGCGCCGUGCUGAGCCACAUCAAGUUCGACAAGCGGCGGGGCACGGCCGUGGAGGGGCUCCGCGGCUGCCCCUACUGCUCCCACCCGCCGCCGGCGUCCGGGUUCGCGCUGCUCACCCCCGCCGAGGCCAUGAAGCGGGAGGAGUCCGGGUGGUUCGGCGGCGGCGGGGAGGAGCCCCGGCAGGGCGCCUGGACCGUGGAGGAGAACCUCUACACCAUCCUCAAGAAGAAGGUGAGCAGGGUGUACGCGGCGCCGCCCGAGGAGAGGAAGAAGCGCAUCUACAGCACCGCGCCGUCCAAGUUCACCACCAUCGACCAGUCUAGCGGGCUGGGGUUCAGGCUGGUGAGGAUGGGGUUCGAGGACAUGUACCUGAGCAGCCCGGGAGGAUUGUACGAGAAGUUCGGCAACGACUACUUCCUCUGCACCGGGCCGGCGUCCAUCCUCGUGCCCGUCGUCGUCGGCCCCGGCGAGGAGUGGAGGGGCGCUCAGGUCAUCGAGCACGACAACUUGUAACACUUCCUUUUUCUUGCGUGCCAACAGAGUUACAGAGGAAAUCAAUCAUGUACAUUCUUACACAUGGGGAUGAAUCUUGUAACUGCCCACUGCGAUCAAUCUGUACACAUGCGUAGUAGUACAAGUAUAACAUACAAAUGAAUUCUCAAACGAAA